GAAAUGGGGGUUUCAGUUUUUUUUUCUCUGACUAAAUUAUAACUCUUGCAGUAGAGUAAAGCUUUUAAAUCAGAUAAAUUUUAUAUAAACCCUAGAAAAGGCUUCUUCUUCGCGUUCAGGUGCGAUCUCUCUCUCUCUUCUUAAAGAUAUGACGGUGAUGAAUCCCUCCUUGUGUAUCGAUACACAACCAUUCGUCUACCUCCCUCCUCUCUCUUCUCAUUUUGGCAAAUUCCAUGGGCGUUACUAUCCUCCUACUGGAGUUCCUAUGCAAUCCCAUAGCCAGAUUAAAUUUCCUUCUCUCAAGGCAGUUGCAAGUACAGGAGGAGCCUUUUUUACCAAAGGAUUUGGUUUCGGCUAUAAGAGCAAAACAUCUGUCUUUGCAUGUAACGCUGCCCUGAAUGCAAAGUGCAGUCAAGGGCAAACGCAGACUGUUACUCGGGAAUCACCAACCAUCACACUAGCUCCUACACAUGGAAAGGAGAAAUCCCCAAAGCUUGAUGAUGGUGGAAGCGGGUUCCCACCUCGGGACGAUGGUGGUGGUGGCGGCGGAGGAGGAGGUGGAGAGAGCUUCUCUGGUGGAUUCUUCCUUUUCGGGUUUCUUAUGUUCAUGGGUUACUUGAAAGAUUUGGAGGGCGAACAUGAAAGCAGCCACUAGAGAGAGAGAGGGGAGGAGGGAACAACGAUACAUGAUCAUCUCACCAACAGACAAAUUAUUCAAAACAGAUAAUAAUAAAGUAUCUACUAGUGCUCUACCAAUUAGGCAACACAUUUGUAUGUUUCAUCGAUUUCUGAUUAUGAAUCAGACAGAAUUUUUGUUAUCUCAGGCAUAAUACAAAUGUUCAAAGAUU